GCAGGUGGUAAGAGUAAAAGAUCCAGCAAAUAUCCAUCCGAUGGUUUCAGAGCGCCAGUGCGGCGGCGCCCUGUCAAGCGCGAGAUAAAAUCCGCCCUCCGCGAUUUCCCCCACUUCGCGUUUCCUCUCUCGAUUUGUCCAAAUCUUUUGUUCUCCUUCUCCACCGGCGAUUAGCUUGUUGUUUCCGGCAUCACUCCGCACUAGGCCGCCCCCCGCCCCGCCCCUCGCCCGCGCUGGCCUCGUCGUUUCCUUCCCCAAUUCCGCCGCCCCACCCCGCCGAUAUUUAUUUCCUGCAUCGGUAUCCAUUGCCGUUGAUAGAUUUUCCCAGCUUUUGCUGCCUCGCCGUUGCUACUAAUAUCCGCGCUGGGAUAUUUCUUCUUUUGCUUUCUUGGGCGCUCGUCCAGCCCCCCGGAGGCCUCCGGAUCUUUCGAUCGCGGCGAGCAGGCGGCUCAAGAUAGUUCGUGAAUAGGAAGGCUGAUUGGUAGGUUAUUAGGGUUUUGGGAGUUGUUUUGUCUCUGCUCCAGUACAUAGAUGAUGAAAUCCGGGGAGGAAGUUAGUCAGGGUCAGCAAAUGAACGGUUUUGUGGAGGAGAAAGCUGCUGGGGAAUCUGGGUAUGGUCGGAAGAUCGAGAGGAGCCCUUCUAUCAAUCUGAAUUCCUUGCCUGCAAUAGCCCCUGCCACGGCGGAGAUUGGUGUCUUGCACGGCGCAGUGGAGUCAGAGGCCAACGAUGCAAGCACUCACAAGGGAGACGAGUCCAGUGGCACUGAUCAGAAGAAGGUCCCGAAGAAUGAGGAAGUUGAUGAAGCUGAAGUUCAGGCCUGUGCAGAUGUGAAGAGCCACUCGGUUGACCCUUUGAACAGCGAGAACCAUGCCGGGGAGAAGGAUGCUUUGGUAACUGUGCCAGAAAAUGAGGGGUGUGCUGAUGGUGGCGAUAAUCACAAGGGAGUUCAUGUUCUCAGCAUUGUCAAAAAGGAUGAGUCUGAGGAAAUUGUUGAUUCUAUUAAUCCUGUAACCGUUGCGGGGUAUAGAGAGGAGAAGGGCACCGCCGGUUCUACUUCUGCAAUUACUGCGGUGCGAGCACCUGGCUCCCGCUCAUCUUGUUUCCAUGGUGUGACCAGGCACAGGUGGAGUGGGAAAUAUGAAGCUCAUUUGUGGGACAGUACUUGCAGAGUAGAAGGACGGAGAAGGAAAGGAAAGCAAGUUUAUUUAGGAAGUUAUGAUACUGAGCAAAAAGCUGCCAGGGCAUAUGAUGUUGCAGCUCUUAAAUUCUUUGGACUAAAUACAAAGCUGAACUUUUCGAUUUCGGAAUAUGAGAAGGAGCUGGCGGACAUACAGGACAUGUCUCCAGAGGAAUGUGUGACAUACUUGAGAAGGAGGAGUAGCUGCUUCUCAAGAGGGGCGUCUAUUUACAGAGGAGUUACAAGGUGGCGUCUCCUUCUCAUUUGUUCAGCUUGUUCAAAAAGCCAGCUUUUCUUCUUCAAACCAGCUCAAAACUCACAUGUAACCAUGUCCUACGACAGGAGGCAGAAAGAUGGUCGAUGGCAGGCACGCAUAGGACUGAUUGCUGGAACUAGAGACAUUUACCUUGGAACUUUCAAAACUGAGGAAGAAGCCGCAGAAGCUUAUGAUAUUGCUGCCAUCGAGAUACGAGGCAAAAACGCGGUGACCAACUUUGACAGAAGCAACUACAUGGACAGGGGCAUGCAUUGUAUAGAAGGCGCAGGGUUGAAGCUGCUUGCAACCAAGCCAGAAUAGUACCUGAUUUGGUAUCGUAUAUUGAACAGAUUUGGUUGGCCAUAUUUUGGAGCCUAGUGGUACAUACAGAUAGAAGAACUGGUCGCAGCCUGUCAUUAUUUGCUGCUGUAUGAUUCUUCAGAUUAUAUAUAGUUCUUUCAGAGAGAAUUUCAGUAAUUUAGCAUGCUUUGUGUCCAGAACAAGAUUUUGACCAUGCAUUACUGUUAUAGUGUUUGUAGGCUAGAGUUGCACUGGAAGAUGUUGCUUCAUUUCACAUGUCUAAAACGGAGAAUACAUUUUACUUCUAAGUUUUGAUGCUUGGUUUAAUGAAAUAUUCAAGUGUAUAUUCCCAUGA